ACUCCUGCAAUAAAUGUCUACUCAUAUUUCGUUUUACUUUAUACGUGUAGACAACUAGACACUACACCUAGUUGUCUGAUCUCAAUCAUCGUCCAUCUCUAUCUCUUUCCCUCGCCCUGAAGUCAGCCGUCUUUACAUGAUUACGGAUUUGUGUUGUUGCAAGCAAGUAUCUAAAGCCUAGUCAAAAUUUGAGCAUUGGUUAGUACUUGAAGAGAAGCCUGAUUGGGGAUCUCUUUUUACUCAAUUGGGGUGUUGCAGUGCUGGAUUUCUACUUAGUUUUUGUGUUGCCUUUGCUUUUAUGUGAGAAGAGAAAGAAUACCCCCUUAUUGUUCUUUCGCAGACCCUUGUUUCGAUGGAUUCUUUUUCGGACCCAAAUUCUGUUUCCGAAAGGAUUCUUGCCAGUCCAGCGCGAGUGCCGCCAAGUCCUUCUAGAUUCUCUAUGUCUCCAAAGAUAGACAGAAUUGGAUCAGUUCAUCUCAAUAUGAAUGAUGCUGCUAGGGCUACACAAAAUUUCUCACCAUCGCAAAAAUUAGGUGAAGGAGGAUUUGGGACUGUCUACAAAGCUCGCUUACAAGAUGGCCAGAUAGUUGCAAUUAAACUAGCAAAGAAGGCACACUAUGAAGCCUUGCGAUCUGAAUUUGAGAGUGAAGUUGAACUUCUUGCGACGAUUAAUCACCGGAAUCUAGUAAAAUUGCUAGGAUUCGUUGAUAAAGGGGAUGAUUGUCUUAUAAUCACCGAGUACGUGGCAAAUGGUACUCUACGAGAACAUUUAGAUGGUAGACGAGGAGAUCAUCUGGAUUUCAAUCAGCGGCUAGAAGUCUCCAUCGAUGUUGCUCAUGGCUUAACUUAUCUCCAUCUGUAUGCAGAGAAGCAGAUUAUUCACCGAGAUGUCAAGUCAUCCAAUAUCCUUUUGACAGAGCGAAUGAGAGCAAAACUUACUGAUUUUGGAUUUGCCAGGCUUGGCAAUCUGAACUCAGAUGAUAAACAUGCUUCAGCAAAAGUAAAAGGAACAAUGGGUUACCUUGACCCUGAGUAUAUGAAGAACCAUCAUCUCACGCCCAAGGUUGAUGUUUAUUCAUUUGGUGUUUUGCUAUUAGAAAUUCUGACAGGCCGUCGUCCUCUUGAGCCAAAGAGACCGGCUACUGAGAUGGUGACAGUUAGAUGGGCUUUUACAAAGUACUCUGAAGGAAGCAUUAAGGAGAUGGUAGACCCUUUGAUGAAUGAGGUGGUAGAUACGUCCGUCCUUGAAAAAAUGUUUGAUCUGGCCUUCCAAUGUGUAGCGCCUACAGGAGCUGAUCGUCCAGACAUGAAUUUAGUUGUAGAGCACCUGUGGGGGAUAAGAUCAGAUUAUAUAAGGAGCCGGACAAAAGAUUAAUGGAAACAGUUUAAGAGUUGUUGUCUGUGGGCUUCUGUAAAAAUAUUCAUGUAGUCCUUUUCAUGUAGAUAUUCAAAUCAUUAUAACCCUCCACGAUGCUUUAGGGAAAUUUGUUCAAAAUUUCACCUUUUUUUGGUGAAGUUUGCAAUUGCAUGCCUGUACAAUGGAAUCAAAGUCUGUUUAGGUGGAUGUACAUUGUGAACAGAGAUUGUCUGAAUUGUAUUAAAUCCACAUUGGAGCAUUGUCUUUUGAAUGAAUUGGUUAUAAUUCCUGUUUAA